AUGUUGGAAUGAUGUUCACCUCUGCACCUCCUCCCAAAGGGUGUUUCCAGACCUGACCAAUCAAAUCCACUUACAAACCCACGUAAUAGAAAAGCUUCAGAAGAAGAGGCUGCUGCUGCAGUUUGGAAAGGCUGUGGACGUGUGUGGACUAACAAGUGCUCUAUAUUAGGUCUAAUAAAGUGCUUUAUAUUAAAAGUCACCAUGACAUUUGUAACUCUUAAUAAUGGAGCUAAAAUGCCAAUUUUUGGACUGGGAACAUGGAGGUCUGCUCCAGGUGAGGUCACAGAGGCUGUAAAGACAGCCAUCCUGGCCGGGUACCGCCACAUCGAUGGGGCUCAUGUGUAUGAAAAUGAGAAUGAAGUCGGGGACGGAGUCAAUGCUAUGAUUAACCAAGGAGUGGUGAAGAGAGAGGAACUAUUCAUAGUCAGCAAGCUUUGGUGCACUUACCAUGAAAAACACUUGGUAAGAGGAGCCUGUGAAACGACCCUAAGUGACCUAAAACUGGACUAUGUUGAUCUCUACCUAAUGCACUUUCCCAUGGGCACUAAGCCUGGAAAAGAGUUGUUCCCAGUCGAUAAGGAUGGCCACGUAAUUCCAGACAACAGCAACUUUCUAGAAACAUGGGAGGCAAUGGAGGAGUUAGUGGAUGCUGGGUUGGUCAAGGCCAUUGGUGUCUCCAACUUCAACCGGGAUCAGAUUGAGAGAAUCCUCAAUAAACCAGGACUCAAGUACAAACCUGCCAACAAUCAGAUUGAGUGCCAUCCAUAUCUGACUCAGGAGAAGCUGAUUAACUAUUGUCAGUCCAAAGGCAUCACAGUCACUGCAUACAGUCCUCUGGGUUCCCCAACCAGACCAUGGGCACAGGCAGGUGAGCCAUCACUGUUGGAGGACCCAAAGAUCAAGGCCAUUGCAGAUAAGCAUGGUAAAACCACAGCACAGGUUCUAAUCCGCUUCCACAUGCAGAGGAAUGUUGUGGUCAUUCCCAAAUCUGUAACCCCUAAGAGAAUCAAAGAGAAUUUCAAGGUCUUUGAUUUUGAACUGAGUAAGGACGAGAUGAACACCAUACUGAGUUUCAAUAGAAACUGGAGAGCUUUUAUGCUGGAAUGGGCUUCCAAGCAUAAGGAUUAUCCAUUGAAUGCAGAAUACUAAAGUGGUAUUAAUCCUGUUUCUAACUGCAUCAGGGAUAAAUGAAGUAUGUCAGUAAUCUGCAUGAAAGACAUGAGCAAAACCACAUUAUCAACAUUUAUGCAAGUGUAAUACUGUCAUUUGAGGGUAAGUGUGGUUAAUUUUAAGGAAAUUCUCAAGUGAGCAGUUCAAGACACGAGAAACACAUUUACAAACAUAUGCAGAGAGCUGUUGCAGAACUUUAUUUGGAUUUUUAAAAGCAUACAUCAAUAUACAGUAUGUAAACAAGAGCUGCACUUGUGAACUGGAAGUGCUUCUAUUGACUUUUUAUGAAAAUGAGUGUAUUAAUAUUAAAAGAAAUUGUAUUCAAAGGA